CCAGGCCGACUCUGAGGCCUCUGCAGAUAGGGCGAUGGGUUAGCACAUUUAAGUGAACCUAGGUGGUAUCAUUUCUCUUGCAUGUACUCCGUAUAUAGCGGCACCGUUCAAUGUCUUGCAUAGGAAGUAAAAGAAAGAAGAAGAAAAAGAGAAAACGUAUAACGGCGUUACUCCUCCCGCUUGUACGAACCGAGAUCGUCUCUACCGAGCCCCUGAUUUGCAGCAUCGGAGUCACACCAGAUUCUACAGCAACUUGGGCCGACCAUCCCAAACUACCAUUGAAGAUACCACCACCAAAGGCUCUUCGUAGCACCAAUGUAAAUGCGACACACAGGAGGGGCACAGACAACAGCUCGGCUCCUUUGAUUGGAAAUCCGCCACAAGACACAGCGACACUCUUCCAUCACACUCAAACCUCACUCAUCCUCCCAUCCAUCUACUUGAUACCCUUCUUCUUGGGUAGGAUGGCCGCCUUGGACCUCGUAUCUGCUUCACUGCAUGUCUCAACCAGAACGCCACCAAAACCACUAAUCCAGCAGCAACUCUUCGCCUUGACUGGCCCAAGCCGAUAAGGCUGGAACACUGACUGGACUAGUGCCGCAAAACUUGGGCAUCUGACAGAACGCACCAAAACCUUCGCGACGCACAGCGCUUCAUCUUGAAGAUCCGUCCGCUCGAGAUCCGGUCCCCAUUCGUUGGCGAUAACCUAGAAUUCGGAGGUCUGGGCUUCCGUCAAUCUGGUUCAUGUAUCUUUGGACAGUGAAGCCAUACUGUAUCCCAGCCCUCUGGUAAGAAGACAAAAAGCACCCGCCACCGAGUGUGCUUAGCCCAUCCUACAGCUGGAAGCUCGCGCGAGUGACCUGCGUAAGGCCUGACGGAAUGCUGACUCCGUAUCGAUCCCGAUGCUGCACACACUCAAAGUUCUGUCAUAGAUACUAGUGACCCCAGCCAUGGCGUCAUGGGCUCCCGCCGGCUGACAACGUGAACUGCAUGCGCCACACCU